CCCGUAGGGCUGGGGCUGGUUCGUCAAGGGAACGACACACUAAGUCUCCAGGAGUAUUUGGUGGGGAGGGUCACACAAGAGUUUGGCGCAAAGCCUGCUGGGGCAUGGAGUCCCUGUGAGCUUACUGCGCAUGUGCGAGGAGGUGAGGGGGUCUUAGGGGGAUCCGCCUGGGAGAGUAAGGUGCUGUGGUCGCCCUGGGUUCUGCCCGCCCCCAUGGAGGCUCCGUCCCCCCAGCCCGUGAAGCAGGAGGUCCAGGCCGCGGAGGUCCUGGCCCUGGACUCGCCAUGGCACCGUUUCCGCCACUUCCACCUAGGCGAUGCACCGGGCCCCCGCGAGGCGCUGGGCCUGCUGCGCGCACUGUGCCGAGACUGGCUGCAGCCUGAGGUGCGCACCAAGGAGCAGAUGCUGGAGCUGCUGGUGCUGGAGCAGUUCCUGAGUGCCUUCCCCGCAGAUGUCCAGGCCUGGGUGUGCAGCCGGCGGCCCCAGAGUGGCGAGGAGGCCCUGGCCCUGCUGGAAGAGCUCUGGGGACCAGCGAUGAGGGCCCCUCGGGAUGUGACAGACGGCUCUGGGGUCGGCCUCCAAAAAGAAGAUGGUGGGGUGACUCCAUUAGGAGAUGCUGCCCCAGGGACUGAGGAGCCGGCCACGGGGGACGCCCAGGCCACACGCCCCUACAAGCAGGAGCCAGACAGCCCCCAGCUGGACCCGCCUGCCCUGCCAGCGCCUGGCCUGCCCACCUUCCUGGCCUCCGCAGGCACUGUGUCCUGCCCGGAGUGCGGCAAGGCCUCCCUGAAGCCGGCGCACCUGCUGCGCCACCGGCAGAGCCACUCGAGCGAGAAGCCGCACGCCUGCCCAGAGUGUGGCAAGGCCUUCCGGCGCAAGGAGCACCUGCGGCGUCACCGCGGCACGCACCCCGGCAUCCCCGGGCCAGCCCUGCGCCCGCUGCCUGCCCGUGAGAAGCCGCACGCCUGCUGCGAGUGCGGCAAAACCUUCUACUGGCGCGAGCACCUGGUGCGCCACCGCAAGACGCACUCGGGCGCGCGGCCGUUCGCCUGCUGGGAGUGUGGCAAGGGCUUCGGGCGCCGUGAGCACGUGCUGCGCCACCAACGCAUCCACGGCCGGGCGGCCAGCGCCACGGGCACACCAGGCGCACCGGGGCCGGAGGGUGGGGGGCCCUUCCCACCGUGGCCCCUGGGGUAGCUGCCUGCCUCCAGGACCCGCUCCUCACCUCUCUCCCUCCUUUAAACCUAAAGCAUCCGAUGCCCUAGUUCUUGGUUCCUUCUCAGCUUUUUCUGUCCCGAAUCUCAUUUUCUGGUCCUGCUCCCCCUCUCGCACUCCUCCUGACCUCCCACUCAGUCUCACCCUUGAGAGGUGCUUCCACGUCGUGCUCUCCUCUCCCCACUGCCCCCUCCACCUGCCCUGUACCAGGGAGGGCAGCAAGGUGGGCUGGGAGCCACGAAGAAGAGCACAGGGCCGGAGCAGCAGGCAGGCUCCUGGGUGGAGAGGGGGCUGGAGGCAGGGGCUUGGUCUUGUCCCUAGGAGACCCCCACAGGGCAGCUUGGGGGGCAGGGGAGGGGUCUGGCCGUGGCCUCCUUGGUCUCGCUCCUCCCUGUGCCCCAGGAAAGUAGGAGAUGGACAGAGAUGCGGGCUCUGGGGGGCACAUUGGAAGCGACGAUUCACCAGCAUCUGCAGAGCAAUAAAGUCACCAAUGAGCUGCA